AUGGCUUCCUUUAACCCAACCCAAAUCUUUGAAGAUGGUACAACUGAGGAGAAGGGAGAGAACGCUCGUCUCUCUGCUUUUGUUGGUGCUAUCGCAGUUGGAGAUUUAGUCAAAUCAACUCUAGGACCAAAGGGUAUGGACAAGAUCCUUCAGAGUGCAAGUACAGGCGAAAUUUUAGUCACAAACGAUGGUGCUACCAUCCUCAAAGCUAUUGCCUUGGACAAUGCAGCUGCCAAAGUCCUUGUCAACAUCUCGAAAGUGCAGGAUGACGAGGUUGGAGACGGAACUACAUCCGUUACUGUAUUAGCUGCAGAGCUUCUGCGAGAAGCUGAGAAGUUGGUUGAUAAAAAAAUACAUCCGCAGACCAUUAUCGAAGGUUAUAGAAUAGCAAGCCAGGCGGCCCUUUCAGCAUUAGAGAAGUCAGCGGUGGACCACAGCAGCAAUGCCGAAGCUUUCAGAAAAGAUUUGUUAGCCAUCGCACGCACAACUUUGAGCUCCAAGGUCCUCUCGCAAGAUCGAAUUCAAUUUGCAGAGUUGGCUGUUGACGCUGUUUUACGUAUGAAAGGUUCAUCAGACUUAAGUCACAUCCAAAUUAUCAAAAAGGCUGGUGGAAAGUUGAGCGAUUCAUAUCUCGAUGAAGGUUUCAUUUUGGACAAGAAAAUCGGAGUCAACCAACCUAAACGAUUAGAAAAGGCUAAGAUUCUUGUUGCGAACACCGCCAUGGACACGGAUAAGAUUAAGAUUUUUGGUGCCCGAGUAAAGGUUGGCUCCACUGGAAAGUUAGCUGAAUUGGAGAAGGCCGAGAAAGAUAAGAUGAAGGCAAAGGUUGAAAAGAUCAAGGCACAUGGCAUCAACUGCUUCAUCAACAGACAACUCAUCUACAACUGGCCUGAACAACUCUUUUCGGAUGCCGGUAUCAUGUCCAUUGAGCAUGCCGAUUUUGAUGGUAUCGAGAGACUGGCUUUGGUUACUGGUGGUGAGAUUACAUCGACGUUUGAUCACCCAGAUCAAGUCAAGCUCGGUCAUUGUGACCUGAUUGAAGAAGUGAUCAUUGGUGAAGAUACUCUCAUUAAAUUCUCUGGUGUUGCUGCUGGUCAAGCUUGCACAAUUGUACUAAGAGGAGCUACUGAGCAGUUGCUUGAUGAAGCAGAGAGAUCUCUUCACGAUGCUCUUGCAGUUCUUUCACAAACUGUCAAGGAGCCAAGAACUACCCUUGGUGGAGGCUGUGCUGAGAUGUUAAUGGCUAAAGCUGUUGAAGGCGCUGCAGUCAAAGUAGAUGGCAAAAAACAAAUUGCUGUUGGUUCUUUUGCGGUAGCACUCCGUCAAUUACCCACAAUCUUGGCUGACAACGCCGGUUAUGAUUCAAGCGAUUUAGUCGCUAGACUCCGAACAGCCAUUUACGAUGGUAUGUCCACAUACGGACUGGAUCUUUUGACUCCAGGAGGUGGAAUCGCUGACAUGCGAGAACUGGGAGUUAUUGAAAGUUACAAGUUGAAGAAGGCAGUAGUCUCAUCAGCUUCCGAGGCAGCAGAGCUCCUCCUCAGAGUGGACAAUAUCAUUCGCAGUGCACCACGGAGAAGAGAGAGAUGA